AUGGGCGCACACGCCCUCCGCGUUCUGCUGGGAGGGACGAAGAUGUGCACCUUCUUCGAAAGGGGCAAGUGCGCCUCCAACACGUGCAGGUACGCGCACUCCCCGGAGGAGCUGCGCUCGGCGCCCAACCUCCAGAAGACCAAGCUCUGCAAGCUGUUCCUGCAGGGCGCGUGCAACGACGAGAACUGCCCGUUCGCGCACGGCGACCAGGACAUUCGAGUGACAGAGGGCAUCUACAAGACCCAGAUGUGCAACUUCUUUGAGCGGGGCUACUGCAAGAAGGGCGACCGCUGCAACCACGCGCACGGGCUGACGGACCUGCGCGUGUCGACGCCCGCCAAGCCCAAGACCCGCGACGCGGCGCGAACGCCGCUGUCGGCGACCGGCCGAGGCAGCGACGGCAGUACCCCGCUGCAGCAGCGAGGCGCCCUGGGCGGCCCGGCGCCGCUGCGGCGCAGCCCCCUGCCGCUGGCCGAGCUGCUCGCGGGCGGCGAGGAGA